AUGGCGAUUUCUCUCCCAACCACCACCUAUGCCUCUCUACAUUUCUCCCCGGAAUCGUCUAAUUCCGUUUCGUCCUCGUCGAUGCUAUCUUCUCUUUCAUCCUUUCGCUUACCGUCUCAGAUUCGCCGCUUCGGAAUCCGCCACGAGAGGCUUAACUCGCCGUCGUCGCCUCGCUUCGCCCCACUCACUGUCAGAGCAAAGAAGCAAACUUUCAACUCUUUUGAUGAUUUGUUGCAGAAUUCUGACAAACCUUUACUAGUAGACUUCUACGCGACAUGGUGUGGUCCAUGUCAGCUUAUGGUACCUAUACUCAAUGAAGUGAGUGAAACUCUGAAAGAUAAGAUCGCGGUUGUGAAAAUCGAUACUGAGAAGUACCCAAAACUUGCUAACAAAUACCAGAUUGAGGCCUUGCCUACAUUCAUCUUGUUCAAAGAUGGAAAACUCUGGGACCGUUUUGAGGGUGCUUUGCCAGCGAAUCAACUCGUUCAACGGAUCGAGAAUUCUUUGCAAGUAAAGCAAUAG